CAAUUACUAUGAUGCAUGUGAACCAUUACAAUGUAUUUAUACACAUGAAACAAAGAAUAGUUUGAUUUAUAUUGUUACUACAAUUAUAGGAUUGGUUGGUGGUUUAGUAACAGUAUUAAAAUUAAUUACACCACGUGUAGUGAGAUUUCUACGAAGAAAACAAAAAACGGGAAUAUCCGAUGAAGCGCCACUUGUGCAUGGAACACGAUUGAGCAUCGAUCAAAUAGUGCAAGACUACAUAAAAACUUUCAACAUAUUUCCAUCAAAUCCUCCAACACAUGAUCAACACGAACUUCGAAAUCAAUAUAUUUCAACACGAUUAUUUGUUAUUCUUCUCAUUCUUUCAUUCACUGUUCUUAUUCUCUACACUUCAUUAAUUAACAUCACACAAACUAUCACAGUCACUUCACCAACAAUCAAACAAUAUUUACAAUUAUAUUCUACUUAUGUACAAACAUUAUCAUGUGAUUGUAAACACAUAUCAAUUAAUCAUAACAUGUUUCUUAAUGUGAAAUAUACAUUUCAUCAAAUAUGUAAUAGUGAUUUUAUCAAUCAAGAUUGGUUUGAUUAUCUUCAGAAUGCGGGUUUACAAAUACUUCUGUAUGCAGAUGAUUUCCGAGGAAGCAGUGUAUUUAUGUUUCAAGUGCUACAAACAUUUUGUGUUUUAAGCCAACAAACAAUCAAUAAUAGUCUGACUCAGUUUUAUUCAACCCAGUUUAUUAGCUCAUCGGUUAUAUCUAAAGAAGUAUUUGAACUUCAAAUUGGAUCACUUAUCACUGAUUUCAUUUCAUCAACAACUAAUAACUUCCUAUUGUCACUCUCAUCAAUACGACAAAUGACACAGAGUUAUAGUCUGUUCUCUGCACAUCAAACGAAUUUUGACCUCUAUGUGUAUUCAUCUUAUUAUAUUUAUACAGCAGCAACUACAUACAAAAAUUGCAGUUGUGCUACAUCAGCUAAAUGUGCAUAUCAAUCUCCAAUCCGUGAUGCUAGUGGUUUAAAAAUAUCCAGCGUACCUGGUAUGUAUGUUGGAUGUUAUUAUGUCGAGGCAUUAUUACAAUCAGAUCUUCGAUGUUUCUAUAAUCAAACAUGUAUUAGUGAGAUACAGUCUUAUUUUACUGCGUCACCACCAAUAAAUGUUACAGCACUUAAUUCAUCGUUAUUGAUUCAGUUUCAAGUCAAUUCUACAAUGGAAGAUGUAGUCAAUAAGUUAAUGGUUGAUAAAUGGUCAACAUUAUUGAAUUAUUCCAAUUACUAUGAUGCAUGUGAACCAUUACAAUGUAUUUAUACACAUGAAACAAAGAAUAGUUUGAUUUAUAUUGUUACUACAAUUAUAGGAUUGGUUGGUGGUUUAGUAACAGUAUUAAAACUAGUUGUACCACGAAUCAUUAAGUUGAUUUCUUCACUUAUUAGAAAAUACAGAAUGAAAUAUAAUCAGGAUCGAGUGAUGCCCAUGGUGCACAAUUAA